GGGCCCCGGCCCGCUGCGGCAUUUGGUUCCUGACACUGGGAAUCUCCUUCCUACACAACGAAGGCAGAGUACAGCCUAGCAGGCACCCAGGGAAUGCCUGUGCAGUAAGCAGAGCUGCAUGUUCUAAGCCCAGAGUAAAUCUGCUCAUGCCCACAUGGAAGAUGUUUGUGUGUGGUGCUGUGAUCCAGGUGCUUUACAGCCCUCCAGCUUGAAGGACCUGUGAUGAGGUUGAGAUUUGGAUCAUCUUGAUUUGUCUGAAGGUGUAUGAGAUGUCUGCAGCCUUUUGAGCUUCCUUCUCCCACCAUGGCACCUUGCACCUCUAGUUAAACCUGUUGUUCAGUUUUGCUUUACAAAGCAAGUUUCUUCAGAGGAUGAAGAAGGGAUUUCAUCUCCAGAGAGCAUAGUUGUCCUCGAGUCCUCCUCAGAACGCGUUGUCACAGUGCUGCACACCCCUCCUGACUCCCACGUGCUGCUGGAGGAGGUCUGACUGGUUCCUGCCCUGCUUGGAGACCUGUGGAUGUGCAUCCAUUUGCCGGCUGGGAGUCCUUUCCUCAAAACUCUGCUAAGAAACAGACUCAAGCUGGGGGUGCUCUGCCAGAGCAACAGCUGAUUUGUGCCAGCCAUGUCACCAGCCAAGGGGAUUCCACAACCCUCUAACUGCCUGAGCCUUUGCUAGUCACACUGAGAUUUGCAGACCUGCAACGUUGAUGUUGAGUGUGUUGUGUUUUAGGGUUUUGAGGAAAAUGCAGAGGCGGCACAGCAGCAAUACUGACAACCUUCCUCCUGAAAGAAACCGGAGCCAAACAGUCAGUUCUGAAACCAGUGUGGAUGAGAGUGGAGUUUUUGAAAGCCUGAAGGCUGAAGCUUCCUCUCCACAGCAGCUCUUCUCAGGCCUGGCAGGUAUCCCAUCGGGCACCAUCACAGCCACACCAUUCCAGUCAGGUUUGGUGCUGGGCUCUUCAGCAGGAGGUGGAGAAGUGUUCAUUCAGAUGCCAGCCCCGAGGGAGGAAGGGAGCAGUCGUGCAGAAGGAGCCCCCUUUCACCACCGGCCAUCGGCCCAUCACUUCCAGCACGGCCACCACCGCGGUUCUUCCCUGCUGCACAUGGCAGGAGGGGACCGCCACGGGCAUACUGAGGAGGGCAGCGAUGAACAAGCUGGAACUCCAGCCCCAGCUCUUUCAGAGUUAAAAGCUGUGAUCAGCUGGCUGCAGAAGGGACUCCCCUUCAUCCUAAUCCUGCUGGCUAAAGUUUGUUUCCAGCACAAGCUUGGCAUCGCCAUGUGCAUCGGCAUGGCCAGCACCUUCGCCUACGCCAACUCCACGCUCCGAGAGCAGGUUGCUCUGAAGGAGAAGAGAUCAGUGUUGGUUGUCUUCUGGAUCCUGGCUUUUCUCACUGGAAACACCUUGUACUUGCUUUACACAUUCAGCUCUCAGCAGCUGUACAACAGCCUCAUCUUCCUGAAACCCAACCUUGAAAGCCUGGACUUCUUUGACUUGAUGUGGAUUGUGGGGAUCGCAGACUUCGUGCUGAAGUACCUCACCAUCGCGCUCAAGUGCCUCGUUGUAGCCCUGCCCAAGAUCAUCCUAGCUGUCAAAUCAAAGGGCAAGUUCUACCUGGUUAUAGAGGAGCUGAGCCAGCUGUUCCGCUCCCUUGUCCCCAUCCAGCUGUGGUAUAAAUACAUCAUGGGAGAUGAUCCAUCCAGCAGCUACUUCCUAGGUGGGAUCCUGAUCAUCCUGUACAGCCUCUGUAAGUCUUUUGACAUCUGUGGUCGUUUGGGAAGUGUCCGGAAGGCACUGAAGGUCCUUUGCACCCCACAGACCUACGGAGUCCGCGCCACCAGCCAGCAGUGCAGUGAGGCAGGAGACAUCUGUGCCAUUUGUCAGGCAGAAUUCAGGGAGCCUUUGAUCCUCAUCUGCCAGCACGUGUUCUGUGAGGAGUGCCUGUGCCUGUGGUUCGACAGGGAGAAGAGCUGUCCCCUCUGCCGCUCUGUCACCGUGGACACCCUGCGCUGCUGGAAGGACGGCACCACCUCUGCUCACUUCCAGGUCUACUGAGUGGUAUGCAGACCAACAAGUGGAGUAACUUGGCUGGAGAGAGGACGAGGCUGGAAGAUCUGCUUGAUCCCAUGCCCCUAUUUAGCUGCCUGUGGAUUUGUUGUCUUAGUCUUUCUUCCAGCUGUGUUGCCGCAGGAGCCAAAAGAACAGCAGCUGUUCCUAGCCAGAAACUUUAUCCUCAAAGGCAAGGAAAAUGGUCU